AUGGGUAGUAGUAGUUUGGGUUUGGGCCAGUCUUCGAAUAGUGAGAGAUUUAGCAGGGAGACGAUCGCGUUCCGGCAGCUGCCGCGACAGGAGGAGCUGGCUAGAUGUAUUUCACAGCUCUCUUCCUCUGUCAUGGCGGCCUCUCUACCAUUUGUUGUUCUCUUUGCGAUUUUGAUCCUCUUUCUCUUCGUCUCACAAGCGAUUGCCGAUGACGGCUUCAACUCCUCCUCCACUUUCUCUCUAUCACCUCCUCCACCGUCACAAACGCUGCAAUCAACUUCAAUGCCACCACCGUCAUCGCCAACAGUCUCAAGCGAUCUCCAUGAGAACUCCUUUUUCUCUCACACAGCUCUUCUCGCUCCAAUCCUUUCUCAUCUCGGCUUUAACGAGCUGUCCAUGGCUGCCCCUUCUCUCUCCUCUGAUUCCGCCACCACCGCCUGGUCUGGCCCCUCCACACUCUUUGCUCCUUCUGAUUCUUCUCUCCAUACGUGCUCAUCUUGCUCCAUUCCAAGUAUCCUCCGUGAACAUAUUAUUCCUGGUCUUUACACCAUUGAUUAUCUCCGCAAGCUCGCCUUUGGCACUAAAAUAGAAACUCUAAGCCCUGGUCUUUGCCUCACCGUGACUUCCACUUCGAUACCAAACGCAACCGCAUCAACCAAUGCAGUGAAGGUUUUCAUAGGUGGUGUGGAAAUAACGCAUCCAGAUCUGUUCAAUAAUGGUUUGAUUGUAAUUCAUGGAAUUCAAGGCUAUGUCGCUCCUCUCUCUCCAUAUUCUUGCGAUGUGGAGAGGUUAAACUCGCUAUCGAUUCCGUUUCACGUGCCCGCAUCUCGCCAGAUUCACAACCAGCCUUUGGCGCAGCCUUCUAUCUUGCGCUUGAUGCUGCGUGAUGCCAUGCUUAGGCUCCGCAACAAUGGCUUUAACAUCCUCUCUCUCGCUAUGAGAUUGAAAUAUGCUGAGCUGGCGAGCUUAAACAACUUGACGGUGUUUGCUCUUGACGACGCUUCAAUCUUCUCUGGAUCUCACUCAUACAUCAGUAGCGUGAGAUUUCACAUGGUGCCUAACCAUUUUUUGACUGCUACUGACCUGGAGAAGCUACCAGUGGGGGCCAUACUGCCAACACUCGAAAGAGGGCAGUCUCUGGUGGUCACCACUGCUGGUGGAGGAGGUACAGCUGCAUACCUGAUGAGAAUUAACUAUGUGAAACUUAAAGUGCCUGAUAUGAUCCGUAAUCUGAAGAUUGUGGUACACAGUGUUUAUUUGCCGUUUCCAAGGAUACAUCCCGCUGCUGCUGGCUUUGAAGGUAUGCUGGGGGAAGAAUUAGACGGUGGAGUUCACGCGGCACUAGAUGGAGCUUGUUCAGCUGAUAUGGAGAAGGGUGGAAGUUGUGGUGGGGUCCGUAUGCCUCAGGUCAAGCCAGCGGUGAUGAUUGGAGAUCACCAUGGACUGUAGGUGAAGUGAAGAGUAAUGUCUUUUCUUAAUAUUGAGGGGUCCGAUUGAUAGCUCACAUUAGCUUGCUUCUUGAAUGAUGGUUUUCCUUCAUUGUUAGUCUGAGUGGAGUCAGCUUUUAUUUUUAGAGGUUUUUGGUUGCCACGUGCCUGUAACAAAACAUGUUGAUAGUAUUGCACUAUUGCUCAUUUAAGCAGGUUAUGUACCGAAUGCUAUGGAAAUGCCCGUUUUGAGUUUUCUUA